CAAAAGCAUCAAGAUGUCUCUGUACGCUAGAGAUACGAGCUGACUCACCACAGAGGGGUAUUUAAAACUCGGCGUGCGAACAUGGCACAGACUGACUUGUGAAGGAUACCCCCGUCCUUUAACGUCCUGGGAAUCGUCCGAAAGGAAGACCGGAACUGACACAUUUUUACAAGGGAGCUAACUAAACGACAGCAGAAAUAAUGUGUCCGAUGAAGUACAUGGAUUUGUCUUACGAGGGGCGACAACUCUCGGAGAGAAAUCAAUUCGAUAAUGGGAAAUACCCGCACGGAGGCUACCGAGGAGCGCGCAAGCACCCACCGUGCGGUCUGUCCUACGACAAAGGUCGAGAGUUCAAGGAGAAGGUGGACGAGGAGGUGAUCCGCCUGAUGACGGAGGAUGACAUCAACCUCCACGGCAAGUCGCCCACCUGGUCCCUGCUCGUGCAUCGUGAGCCCACCUUCUCGGACGAGUCGCCGCUCAUUGCAGGGAACUUCAUGGCUGCUUCCAAGCACGAGCAGACAAACGGGGUCAACCUGCUCAGCCGGACCUCCCUCCUGCCCGCCAAACCUCUGAGGGUGAGCAGGAAGCAGAACGGUGUCAAGUACUACAGACCCAACAGAAUGCACCAGUACCUGUCUGCCACAGAGCUCAAAGACAGCUCCCGGGAACAGGUGAACAUCGCCUACGGCAGGCCUACUAGGACCACACUACUCCGAGCGAGGAACAGAUGUGUUCCGGCACAGACGAACACACACGAGACCAGAAAAGAGUUCUUCCAGAGUGAGUAUAGCCUGUCAUGAGAUCUUGUGUCGGAUAUUAUUUUGUGUGCAUAUUUGUGGGUGGUACGUGUAACCAUCAUUGUUAUAGGUGUUUAAAAAGUGAAAGUAGAAAAAGGAACGAUGAAUAUGAACAGAGGCGGGUCUAGGUGGAAUAAAACAACAUAGAAAAUACAAAUCAUCAUCAAGUGCCAGAUCUG